AGAGGUGCUGAAUGCGGAUGAUCGACUGAGAGAGCUGGAGACUGCGUACGAUAGCGUGCCGGAGGAGCGCGACCUGCGUUCUGAGGGCCCCUACCUGCUCAAUCGAGCCCCCACCUACCCAAAUCAGUACGUGGUCGGGGAUGGCUGGCUCAACUUCACUGCCACUCCCCGCUCCUCCACCCUGCGUAUGGUGUUUUUUUGUCAGGCCGAGAACACCCUGGGCAAGGUGCGCUCCCGGAAGAUGGUCAUUCACCAAGUUCCCAAACCUGACGAACAUCUGCGCAUCCGCUACACAACCUUCCCCAUUAGACCCAACCAAAAG